GACGCAACCAGCUCACAGAUAGAUGGAUAGUGCUCGGAGCCAAGAACUGCACGCCGCGGCGGCGAGGGGCGCCGUGGAGGCCGUCAGCCUCCGGCGGUUCGACCUCGCCGACGUGAACGCCAUGAUGGCGUGGGCGUCGGACCCCGAGGUGACCGCCUUCUGCCGGUGGGAACCGUACGAGUCGACGGAGCCCCUGCUCGCCUACCUCCGGGACACCGUGCUCCCGCACCCGUGGUUCCGCGCCAUCUGCCUCGCCGGCGGCGGCGGCGGCGACGACACCCCCGUCGGCGCGGUGUCCGUGACGCCGACGGCCGACGCGUGCCGCGCCGAGCUCGGGUACGUGCUGGCGCGCGCGCACUGGGGGAAGGGCGUGGCCACGGCCGCCGUGAAGCGCGCCGUCGCCGCGGUGUUCGCGGAGGUGGAGGGGCUGGAGCGCGUGGAGGCGCUCGUCGACGUGCGCAACGCGGCGUCGCAGCGCGUGCUGGAGAAGGCCGGGUUCCGGCGGGAGGCCGUGCUGCGCAGGUACUGCGUGCUCAAAGGGGAUGUCAGGGACAUGGUCAUCUACAGCUUCGUCUCAACUGAUCCUCUCGUUCAUUAGCUGAUCGAUACAUCAUCCGUGUAACCUUGAGCCAGUGGUAUCAUGCAGUUCGAACGACUAGGUGUUUAUAUUAAUAAUAUAUAAUACAUAAUUUGUACUUUUACUAUUAAUCAAACAGACGUUUAAAUUUUUGUUCUUCGAUUAAAUGCCCGGGCAACAAUAUAUGAGGAAUGUAUGAGGGGAUAGAGAGGGUAUGUAUUAGAUUUUUGACUUACGUACGUGCUUUUAAAUUAUUACCCAGCAACAAU